AAAAUUCUUGGAAUUUUCUCAUGCAGUUGAAAUUUAAAUAAUUUUAUCAAUUUAAUAAUGUUUGUUAUUCGUCCUAAAUUUAUAUUACAAGAAAUUUAUUUUAGAAAUUAUUCAUUCAAGAAUAAUAACAUUCAAUGUUACUAUUAUUCUAAAUAAAUUUAAACAUAGUUUUACGAAACAAUUAUUAUGGAGAUAAAGAAUAAUAUGUUUUACGGCCAAUGCCGGUGUUGUUUGGCGAAAGGAAACCACAGAGACAUUAUGGCAGAAUAUUAUAGUAACGGAAUUCGUGAGGUGUACUUUGAUAUUUUCGUCGAAUGUUUCAAUUUGUUUCUGUCGACAGAUACAACAUUAAGCACUCAGAUUUGCUCAUCAUGCGUACAGAGACUCCGCGACGCAAGCAGUUUCCGGAUGAUGGUAGCCGCAACCGAACGGCAGCUGCUGUCGCAGUUGAAUGUCGGAGAUGGCAAGAACACUGUAUUUGUUAAUGUACCAGUCGAGGAUCUUGCCAUACACAAUGAUGUGCCCAUCAAAAUGGAAGAAGACGAUGUGAAAGAGGAGGUCAGCGAUACAGAACUUGACCAGGACGAGACAAUAAUGGACUUCGGAGCUGAUGAUAGUUCUAACUUCGAGGUAGAUAGCAAGGAAGACGAGUUUCUAACCGCUGAGGCAGCUUUGCUGGCAAGAUUCGCAGGCUCCCUGAAGCCGCUGCCAUCCAGAGAAGACCUGUACACCAAAUGCGCUGAUUACGUCAAGCAUUUGGAUAUGCUCAAAAGUAUGGUCAUCUUCCCGAGUAUGAUAGCGAAACGUCUCGAAGACGAAGGAAGAAAACAAAAAAUAGGCACUAAAAAGAUGUUUGUCACAGAAAAAAUGGCGCUCAUUACAAACGCGUCGGCUAUUCUAGAAUGUUCUAACAUGAUCCCGUUUAGAAGCAAAAGUAGGGCCGGCUUCCCAUGUUUCUACUGCCGUAAUAUAUUUGAGAACUUGGACAAACUCAAAGAACAUACUAGAGAACACAAGAAGAACGAAAUUAAGAAAAUAUUAAGCACAUACGGCGCUGAAUGUUUGGUAGUCUACGCUGAUAUAUCAGAUUUGAAAUGCAGUUUAUGCGACGGAAAGCAAUCAAAUCUUAAUGAACUAAAAACACAUUUAAUUAGAGUACAUAAAAAGAAGAUGUACCCAGAAUAUAAUAAUAGAGUUAUACCAUUCAAACUGUCUCAAGAUAAUGUAUAUGAGUGUCAAAUAUGUGGCUUCAAUUUUGAAACUUUUGGCUCUAUAGAGAGACAUAUGAAUGUACAUUUUCGUAAUUAUGUAUGCCAAGAUUGCGGGACGGGCUUCGUAACGAAAUACCGUUUAAAAGUUCAUUGCAAGAGUAUGCAUGUAGGUGGGAACUUUCCUUGCGAGAUCUGCAAGAAGGUGUUCACGACACACCAGAAGCAGAAGAACCAUGUCGAUGCUGUACACAAAAUGGUGAAGAGAUUCAAGUGUACCCGUUGUCCGGAACGGUUUUCAGAGUAUUUCAAACGCCAGAAACAUAUGGUUGAGGUUCAUGGUGUCGCUCCGUUGCAGUACAAGUGUAAUGUAUGUGAUAAGUCCUUCGAUAGACGAUAUACGCUAUCGAGGCAUAUGAAACGUGAUCAUCUUGAAGAGAGAGACUUCCAAUGCCAGCUUUGCGCCUACAAGUGCUUCACGAAUAAUGAAUUGAGAGUGCAUAUGGUAAAACACAAUGGUGAGAGAAUAUUCGAAUGUUCAGUUUGCAAGAAGUCGUACGCGAGAAAGAAAACUCUAAAAGAACAUAUGCGUAUACAUAAUAAUGACAGGCGAUUCGCGUGCGGCGUCUGCGGUCAAGCAUUCGUGCAGAAGUGCAGUCUGAAAGGACAUUUGAAGACUCAUCAUCACGAGUAUAGUUUACAAUAAAUAUAUAUAAGUUCUCUA